AUGACGAGCGACGCCGGAGCGACCCCCGACGUGCCUCCACCAGCAUCGUCGAGAGGCACUCUUUUGGGCCGCAUCGGGCACAUCCUCUCGUGGACGCCACGCUCCUGCCGCUAUGACCCCGAAAACCCGCCUGAAUUUACACUUGGGCUGAAUCUUCUGUUUUCGUUUGCAACCACGGCGACGGUCGGCAACCUCUACUACAACCAGCCUAUUUUGUACCAGAUGGCCGACACCUUCCAGGUCUCCUUUGAGCACGCCUCCAGCAUCGCCACGCUUAUGCAGGCCGGCUACGCGGGCGGCAUCGUCCUCCUGUGCCCGCUGGCCGAUGUGCUGCCGCGCCGGCCGUACAUUCUGUGCCUGGUCGCGUUCACGGCGCUCGCGUGGAUCGGGCUGUGCGUGACGCACUCGUUCGCGGCGUUUGCGGCGCUGUCCUGCCUCUGCGGCUUUACGACGGUCACGCCGCAGCUGAUGCUGCCGCUCGUGGGCGACCUGGCGCCGCCGCACCGGCGGGCCACCGCCGUGGCCAUUGUGGUGUCGGGCCUGUCGCUGGGCAUGAUGGUGGCGCGGCUGCUGGCCGGCGUGGUGGCCAACUACACGUCGUGGCGCAACGUGUACUGGUUCAGCUUCGGCGCGCAGGCGGCCGUGUUCGCCUCGCUCUUUGUCUGUAUGCCCGACUACCCGACCAAGAACGCGCGGCGCGCAGCGAACGACGGUGACGGCACGAACGUGGACCACACCGCCAGCUGGGGCCAUGCUGUGCGCCGGGUGCUGCAUUACGGCAAGGUGCUGUACGGCGGCAUGGCCGUGCUCGUGGUCCGGCACCCGCCGCUGCUGCAGGCGUGCCUCGUCGUGUUCUGCCACAGCGCCGUGUUCACGAGCUACUGGACCACGCUGUCGUUUCUGCUCGCCUCGCCGCCCUACGCGUACCCGUCCGUUGCCAUUGGUCUCUUUGGCCUCAUUGGCAUCGUGGUCAUUUGCCUGGGCCCGCUGUACGGCCGCUUUGUCAUUGAGCGCAUCGUGGCCGUCGCGGCCGUGCUGCUCGGCACCAGUCUCGAGCUCGUUGGUGUCAGCAUCGGCGUCGGCAUUGGCACGUUUUGCAUCGCCGGCCCCGUCCUGCAGGCCGUCCUCAUCGACUUUGGCAACCAGGCCUCCAACAUUGCCCUGCGCGCGUCCAUCUACGGGCUCGCGCCCAAGUCGCAGAACCGCGUCAACGCCGCCUACAUGAUUGCGUCGUUUGUGGGCCAGCUGACGGGCACGUCGGCCGGCAACCGACUGUACGCCAUGGGCGGCUGGCGCUACAGCGGUGGGCUGAGCAUCGGCCUGCUGUCCGUUGCCAUCCUGGUCUGUGUUGUCCGCGGUCCGCGCGAGACGGGGUGGGUCGGUUGGCACGGCGGCUGGUCCAUCCGCAAGGACCGGGCACCAAAAGUGGCGGAGCCAGGCGGCGAAACUGGUGUUGUAUCCGAAGCGGACGUUACUCGAACAGCAACAGUCUUGGCCGAGGAAAUCAAGGUAUAA